AAAACGCAUAAGCAUCUAUUCAUUUGUUCCCUUCAAAUCUCAAAACCUUCAUUCAUCACUUCACUCUCUCUCUCUCUAACCUUUAGCUACUACUAACCACGUAGCAAAACCCAUUCAUGGAUUUCUUUCCCUUUUUCCUCUCUUUCAUUUUCAUUAUUCUACAUCUCUUAGGACAAAGAUUUGUACAAGGUGAGGUUGAUAUUCAACGUCACCACCAUCAUCAUAAAGAGCCUAUAACAAAAUUGUUUGUGUUUGGAGAUUCAUAUGCUGACACAGGAAACAUCAAAAGAGGUUUUGCUCCUUCGUGGAAACAUCCCUAUGGUGUCACCUUUCCCGGCAAGCCCGCCGGUCGUUUCUCCGACGGCAGGGUCCUAACCGACUACAUUGCCAAGUAUUUGAAAGUGAAAUCACCAGCAUCAUACAGAAUAAGAAAACAUUUGGCACCACAUCAUUUGAAAAAUGGGAUGAGCUUUGCAUUUGGUGGUACUGGUGUGUUUGAGACAUUGAAUCCAGGUCCAAACAUGACAACUCAGAUCAAUUUUUUUCAAAAGGCAAUACAAGACAAAGUAUUCACAGCCUCAGAUAUUAGAAAAUCAGUUGCUCUUGUUUCUGUAGCUGGUAAUGACUACACUCGUUACACUGUCACAAAUGGCUCUAUUCAGGGUUUACCAUCAUUCAUAUUAUCGGUGGUUAAUCAAACAAUCAGAAACGUGAUUCGUAUCAAAGAAUUAGGAGUGAAAAAAGUGAUUAUAUCAAAUCUACAACCAGUUGGAUGUCUACCUUCGGUAACAGCUUCAUCUUCAUUCAAAGAAUGCAAUGAAACAUCCAACAAUCUCCUCGUAGCUUACCAUAACACCCUCUUAACCGAAGCUGUCACAAAGUUAAACCAACAACUCAACGAUAAUUCUUCAUUACCCUUCAUAGUUCUUGAUCUAUACGAUAGUUUCAUGUCGGUGUUGAAGCAUCCAUCCACACACAAUAUUAAGAACGAGUUGGAACCUUGUUGUGUUGGAGUGAGUAGUAAGUAUUUUUGUGGAAGUGUUGUGGAGAAGGUUAAGAAAUAUACGGUUUGUGAGAAUCCUAAAUCUGCUUUCUUUUGGGAUUUGGUUCAUCCUACUGAUGCAGGGUGGCGUGCUGUUUAUACUAGGCUGAGAAUAACCAAUGCUUUUAAAGAGAUUCAUUACUAGUUACAUAAGUAGUAAGAUUGGUUUUUGUUAGUUUUGUUUGUGUUGAAGAAUAAUACAUGUCCAUUUUUUUGUUUGUAAGAUUCAUUUUGUUUCUUAGAUUGUGUUUUGUUUGUAAUCAUUCUAGCUGUUUUGGGGAUUGUGAUUGUUAGCAAAAGCAUUUUUAGAUUCAUUGUUUUUUAUAAGAAUAAUUUUCAUUUUUUGACUCA